CGGGAGGAGGAGCACCGAGUGCAGGGCUCGCCUCCCGGGGCCGCCCGAGUCUCUGAAGUGCGGGCGCUGGGGCCGCCAUCUUAGAUGGCGGGAUUAAGACGGGAACGAGAGUGAGACGGGAAGGCUUUACUGCCGCUGUUGAGCCCCGGAGAGGGCUAGGUGGCCGGGCUUUGGGGUGUGUGCCCUGAGGCCGCGGAGCGCGAGUGGGACAAUGCGAGAGCUGCCCGGGGCCCCGUCCCCUGGGUUGGGGACGCGCCGAAUGUGAUCGCCUCCCGCUCCCUCACCCGCCGCGGGGAGGAGGAGCGGACCAGACGCCGCCGCCGGACGACUGGACGCGGAGGCGGCCGGGCUCCCUCAGGUUGAAGUGUUGUGUAAGCUGCAUCAAUGGAGCACAUACAGGGGGCCUGGAAGACGAUCAGCAAUGGUUUUGGAUUCAAAGACACGGUGUUUGAUGGCACCAGCUGCAUCUCCCCUACAAUAGUUCAGCAAUUUGGCUAUCAGCGUCGGGCAUCAGAUGAUGGCAAACUUACGGACCCUUCUAAGACAAGCAACACUAUCCGUGUGUUUUUGCCAAACAAACAAAGAACAGUGGUCAAUGUGCGGAAUGGAAUGAGCUUGCAUGACUGCCUUAUGAAGGCUCUCAAGGUGAGGGGUCUGCAACCAGAGUGCUGUGCAGUGUUCAGACUUCUCCACGAACACAAGGGUAAAAAAGCACGGUUAGAUUGGAAUACUGAUGCUGCCUCAUUGAUCGGAGAGGAACUUCAAGUGGAUUUCCUGGAUCAUGUUCCCCUCACAACACACAACUUUGCUCGGAAAACCUUCCUGAAGCUUGCCUUCUGUGACAUCUGUCAGAAGUUCUUGCUAAAUGGAUUUAGAUGUCAGACUUGUGGCUACAAGUUUCACGAGCAUUGUAGCACCAAAGUACCCACUAUGUGUGUGGACUGGAGUAAUAUCAGACAGCUCUUAUUGUUCCCAAAUUCCACUGUUGGUGAUGGUGGGGUCCCAGCGCUGCCUUCUUUGACGAUGCGUCGGAUGCGAGAGUCUGUUUCCCGGAUACCUCCUGGUUCCCAGCACAGAUACUCCACACCCCACGCUUUCACAUUCAACACCUCCAGCCCCUCCUCUGAAGGUUCGCUCUCCCAGAGGCAGAGGUCGACGUCCACACCUAACGUCCACAUGGUCAGCACCACUCUGCCUGUGGACAACAGGAUGAUUGAGGAUGCAAUUCGAAGUCACAGUGAAUCAGGCUCCCCUUCAGCCUUGUCCAGCAGCCCCAACAACCUGAGCCCGACAGGCUGGUCACAGCCCAAAACCCCUGCGCCGGCACAGAGAGAGCGGGCGCCGGGCUCCAGCACCCAGGAGAAGAACAAAAUUAGGCCUCGUGGACAGAGAGAUUCGAGUUAUUACUGGGAGAUAGAAGCCAGUGAAGUGAUGCUGUCCACUCGGAUUGGGUCAGGCUCUUUCGGGACUGUUUAUAAGGGCAAGUGGCAUGGAGACGUCGCAGUAAAGAUUCUGAAGGUCGUGGACCCCACCCCAGAGCAGUUCCAGGCCUUCAGGAACGAGGUGGCUGUCCUCCGCAAAACCCGGCACGUGAACAUCCUGCUCUUCAUGGGCUACAUGACGAAGGAGAACCUGGCCAUCGUGACGCAGUGGUGCGAGGGCAGCAGCCUCUACAAGCACCUGCACGUCCAGGAGACCAAGUUCCAGAUGUUCCAGCUGAUCGACAUCGCCCGGCAGACGGCUCAGGGAAUGGACUAUUUGCAUGCAAAGAACAUCAUCCACAGAGACAUGAAAUCCAACAAUAUAUUUCUCCAUGAAGGCCUGACGGUGAAAAUCGGCGAUUUUGGAUUGGCCACGGUGAAGUCGCGCUGGAGUGGUUCUCAGCAGGUCGAGCAGCCCACCGGCUCCAUCCUGUGGAUGGCCCCAGAGGUGAUCCGGAUGCAGGACAACAACCCGUUCAGCUUCCAGUCCGACGUCUACUCCUACGGCAUCGUCCUGUACGAGCUCAUGACGGGGGAGCUCCCCUACUCCCACAUCAACAACCGUGACCAGAUCAUCUUCAUGGUGGGCCGCGGCUACGCCUCCCCAGACCUCAGCAAGCUCUACAAGAACUGCCCCAAAGCCAUGAAGAGGCUGGUAGCCGACUGCGUGAAGAAAGUGAAGGAAGAGAGGCCUCUCUUUCCCCAGAUCCUCUCUUCCAUCGAGCUGCUCCAGCACUCUCUGCCCAAGAUCAACCGGAGUGCCUCGGAGCCCUCCUUGCACCGGGCAGCCCACACCGAGGACAUCAACGCCUGCACGCUGACCACGUCCCCUCGGCUGCCCGUCUUCUAGUGGCCCCGCGCCUGGGCUGCUGGCGGGAAGGGUGGUUAGCAGGCACCACCAUCUGUUCCCUUUCUGUGGGGACGGAGCUGGUCUUCCGAGAAGCUGCUGCUAAGGACCUUCUACACCACUCAACAGGGCCUUAACUUCACGUUGCCUUUUCUGCCCUUUCUGUCCCGGGAGGAGGAAGCCAUUCUCCAGCUGCUUUGCCCUGCUCCCCCGGCGGCCCCCGAGCUCAUGAGCCAACCUCCUCCAGCCGUACCCGUGGCUGUUGAUGGUCACACACUGGGCCCAGCUGUCAGCUGCAGGAGUGUCUUUGGGGCAACAAACAUGCUCAGAGGGGAAAUGAAGGUGGCAGGCAAACCAGCCGUGACGUGGGACGUGUGGAUUCUCUAAGUCAGCUUCUAGGAGGGACUCUAUCACAGAAGGACUUCUCUGCAGAUACCUGGUGUGGCGGCAAACAGGUAGUUUUGCACAUAAUGCACCGAACGGCCCAGGGCUGUUGGAACCGCGGCAGCCUGGACGAGCCCGCUUUGGUACUAGGGACUUGACUCGGGGACACGUCCUUUUCCUGACGGGCUCCAGCGCUGGGCUUGGUGACCAGAGGCGCUGGGCCUCCCCGCCCCGGGGAGCAGUCCUCAGCCUGCCGAGUCGUCUUCCAGGAGCGGCCCCCGUGGGGCGGGGCCUGGCCAGCCUUGUCUCUGCAUCACAUCGUGUGCAAGGAAGCCAGGAACACAGGUUUUCUUGAUAAUUUGGGUUUAAUUUUGUUUUUAUGCGCCUGACAAAAUACAGUUAUUCAAUUAUGUUAUUUUAAUAAAAUAAAUUAAAUGUA